UCUGACCGGGUCGUCAUCUCACCGUUCAGGAUGGUUUACUUUAAGAACACUGGGAGAUACAGAGCGGAUCGAGGACAAGGCGGAGGAGGAGACCAGGACCAGGACGAUGGAUCGUCGGCUCUCAAGCGGCUGGAGCGCAGCCAGUUCACCGACGAGAUGGACGCCCGCUUCGACUUCGACAGGCUGAAGGAGCCGGGGGAGAAAACCGGCUGGCUGAUCAACAUGCACCCCGCAGAGAUCCUGGAUGAAGACAAGAGGAUGAUCAGUGCUGUGGACUUUUAUUUCAUUCAGGAGGAUGGAAGCAGGUUUAAGGUGGCUCUACCCUUCAAGCCAUAUUUCUACAUAGCCACCAAAAAGAACUGCGAGAGAGAGGUCAUCUCGUACUUGUCGAAGAAGUUCCAGGGAAAGGUGGCGAAGCUGGAGAUUCUCCCAAAGGAGGAUCUAGACCUGCCGAACCAUUUAGUUGGCCUGAAGAGAAGCUACAUCAAGCUGUCGUUCAACUCCCUGGACGACCUCCUCAAGGUGAGGCGCGAGAUCUCUCCAGCAGUGCGCAAGAACCGAGAGAGGGAGCAGUCCAAUGAUGCCUACACGUCCAUGUUAUCCAGUGCCUUGUCAGGAGGCCAUGUGACCUCCAAUGACGACGACACAAGGUCAAAGAGUAUGUCCGACCAGUUGGACAACAUCGUGGACAUGAGAGAGUACGACGUUCCCUAUCACGUGCGAGUGUCCAUCGACCUCAAGAUCCACGUGGCUCACUGGUACAAUGUGCGGUACAGAGGCAGCGCUUACCCACCAGAGAUCGUACGCAGAGACGACCUUGUGGAGCGACCAGAUCCUGUUGUUUUGGCUUUUGACAUUGAGACCACCAAACUUCCACUGAAGUUUCCAGAUGCUGAGUCAGACCAGAUUAUGAUGAUCUCCUACAUGAUAGACGGACAGGGAUUUCUAAUAACAAACAGAGAGAUCGUCUCUGAGAACAUUGAGGAUUUCGAGUUCACUCCCAAACCUGAGUAUGAAGGGCCGUUCACUGUUUUCAAUGAGGAUGACGAGGCGGCUAUGAUUCAGAGGUGGUUUGAUCACGUUCAAGAAACGAAGCCAAACAUCUUUGUAACAUACAACGGAGACUUCUUCGAUUGGCCUUUUAUUGAGACUCGGGCCGGCCUCCAUGGGCUGAGCAUGCACAGGGAGAUCGGUUUCCAGAAGGACCUCCAGGGAGAGUACAAGUCCAGUCAGGCCAUCCACAUGGACUGCUUAAGGUGGGUAAGAAGAGACAGCUACCUUCCGGUGGGAAGUCACAAUCUGAAGGCAGCAGCGAAGGCCAAACUGAGCUACGACCCGGUAGAGCUGGAUCCAGAGGAGAUGUGCCGCAUGGCGACGGAGGAGCCACAGACUUUGGCCACUUACUCCGUGUCAGAUGCUGUGGCCACGUAUUACCUGUACAUGAAAUAUGUUCAUCCCUUCAUCUUCGCUCUGUGCACCAUCAUCCCCAUGGAGCCUGAUGAGGUCCUGCGGAAAGGUUCUGGGACCCUGUGUGAGGCCUUGCUCAUGGUGCAGGCCUUUCACGCCAACAUCGUCUUCCCCAACAAGCAGGAGCAGGUCUUCAACAAACAGACCGACGACGGCCACGUCAUGGACUCUGAGACGUACGUGGGCGGCCACGUGGAGGCGCUGGAGUCCGGAGUGUUUCGCAGUGACAUCCCCUGCCGUUUCAAAAUGAACCCGGCUGCAUUCGACUUCCUGCUUCAAAGAGUUGAGAGAACGAUGCGUCACGCUAUGGAGGAAGAGGAGCAAAUCCCUCUGGAGCAAAUCACAAACUUUAAUGAGGUCUGCGACGAGAUCAAGAAGAAGCUGAUUUCACUGAAGGAGGUUCCAAACAGGAUCGAGUGCCCCCUCAUCUACCAUCUGGACGUCGGGGCCAUGUACCCCAACAUCAUUCUCACCAACCGUCUGCAGCCAUCUGCUAUGGUUGACGAGGCCACGUGUGCUGCCUGUGACUUUAACAAACCUGGAGCCACCUGUCAGAGGAGGAUGGCCUGGCAGUGGAGAGGAGAAAUCAUGCCUGCCAGUCGCAGUGAGUUUCACCGUAUCCAGCAGCAACUGGAGUCAGAGAAGUUCCCGUCGCUGUUUCCCAACGGUCCACCUCGCGCUUUCCACAACCUCAGCAGAGAGGAUCAAGCCAAGCAUGAGAAGAAACGUUUGGCAGACUACUGUAAGAGAGCCUAUAAGAAGACACAUGUCACCAAAAAGGAAGAACGCGUCACCACCAUCUGUCAGAGAGAAAACUCCUUCUAUGUGGACACUGUGAGAGCUUUCAGAGAUCGACGCUACGAAUUCAAAGGACUCCACAAGGUGUGGAAGAAGAAGCUGUCGUCAGCUCAGGACUGUGGAGACGCUGCCGAGGUGAAGCGCUGCAAGAACAUGGAGAUCCUCUACGAGUCUCUUCAGCUCGCUCACAAGUGUAUUCUCAACUCUUUCUACGGCUACGUCAUGAGGAAAGGGGCGCGCUGGUAUUCCAUGGAGAUGGCUGGCAUUGUGUGCUUCACCGGAGCCAACAUCAUCACUCAAGCCCGAGAGCUGAUCGAACAAAUAGGGAGACCACUGGAGUUGGACACCGACGGUAUCUGGUGUGUCCUACCUAACACCUUUCCUGAGAAUUUUGUGGUGAAGACGAGUAAUGAGAAGAAGCCCAAGGUGACCAUCUCCUACCCGGGGGCCAUGCUGAACAUCAUGGUGAAGGAGGGAUUCACCAACGACCAGUACCACGAGCUGGUCGACCCCGGGUCCCUCACCUACAACACCCGCUCAGAGAACAGCAUCUUCUUUGAGGUGGACGGACCAUACCUGGCCAUGAUCCUGCCCGCCGCAAAAGAGGAAGGAAAGAAGCUGAAGAAGAGGUACGCUGUGUUUAAUGAGGACGGCUCUCUUGCUGAGCUUAAGGGUUUUGAAGUGAAGAGAAGAGGAGAGCUCCAGCUCAUCAAGAUUUUUCAAUCCUCAGUGUUUGAGGCUUUCCUCAAAGGCACCACUCUGGAGGAGGUCUACGCAUCGGUGGCCAAAGUGGCCGACUACUGGCUGGACGUUCUGUACAGCAAGGCGGCCAACAUGCCAGAUGCAGAGCUGUUUGAACUGAUUUCCGAAAAUCGCUCCAUGUCCAGGAGGCUGGAGGACUACGGAGAGCAGAAGUCCUCGUCGAUCAGCACCGCUAAGAGACUCGCUGAGUUCCUGGGAGACCAGAUGGUGAAAGACGCUGGUCUGAGCUGUCGCUACAUUAUCUCCCGAAAGCCAGAGGGCUCACCUGUCACAGAAAGAGCCAUUCCACUGGCCAUCUUCCAGGCAGAGCCCAGUGUGAAGAAACAUUUCCUCCGUAAGUGGUUGAAAAUGUCCAGCCUGCAGGACUUGGACAUCCGCUCUAUCCUUGAUUGGAGUUAUUACAUAGAGAGGUUGGGCAGUGCCAUUCAGAAAAUUAUCACCAUCCCUGCAGCUCUGCAACAGGUGAAGAACCCAGUGCCCAGAGUGAGACAUCCCGACUGGCUUCACAAGAAACUCCUGGAGAAAAAUGACAUUUACAAGCAAAAGAAAAUCAGUGAACUGUUCACCAGUGAGGGCAAGAGACAGCUGAAUAUUCCUCGUCCCUCUCAGGUGGCCCAUCAGCCUCUUGAAGCAGGCCAAGCUGCGGACAUAGAGGACUUCGGGCUGCCAGCCAGACCCCUGCUGCCGGCCAUCCUCAUCAGCACCAAGCGGAAGCGAGCUUCCCAGGGAGAGGACAGCCAGGUGGAGUCUCAGGUCCUGGAGCUCACCCAGUCCUGGCGAGAGAUCCUGGGACCACCCCCACCCAUGGGAGAGGAACAGGAGGAGCUUUUGGUUUGGCUGCGCUACCACAAGAAAAAGUGGGAGCUGCAGCUGAGGCAGAGGAAGGAGAGAAAGAAGAGGAGGAGGAUGCUGGAUGGUGAAGCUCAGCCUGUAGGUGGAGGAGUGAUCAGAGACGGCCCCACCACCGGCCUUGGCAGCUUCCUGCGCAAAACAGCCCGCAGCAUUCUGGACAUGCCCUGGCAGAUUGUGCAGAUCGCAGAGACGAGUCACCCCGGCCUGUACAAGCUGUGGGCUGUGAUUGGUAAUGACCUUCACUGCAUGAAGCUCAACAUCCCCCGGGUCUUCUACGUCAAUCAGAAAGUCCCCAAACAGGAGGAGGGAGCCAUGUGCAAGAAGGUGAACCGCCUGCUGCCUCGCUCCAACGUUGUGUACUACCUCUAUGAGUACUGUGUACAAGAGGACAUGUACCUGGAGCACAUCAACCAGAUCAACGCAGACAUGUCUGCACCAGACAUCGAAGGAGUCUACGAAACACAGGUCCCCUUGCUGUUUCGGGCUCUGGUGCAGCUUGGAUGCGUGUGUAUGGUCAAUAAACAUGUGGUGAGGGAUCUGGCCGGCAGGGAGGCGGACACUUUUGAUCUGGAGCAUCUGGAGAUGAGGUCUCUGGCCCAGUUCAGCUACCUGGAGCCAGGGAGUGUUCGCCAUAUGUACUUCUAUCAUCACAGCCAGGGACACAAGGCUCUGUUUGGACUUUUCAUCCCCUCUCAGCGCAAAGCCAGCAUCUUCAUCUUGGACACAGUGCGAAGCAACCAGAUGCCCAACCUGAAUAACCUUUACACUGCAGAACGCACCGCCCUCCUGGAGAAGACGACAGAGGAUCUCCUGCCUCCAGAGAACCACAACUUCGAGGUUCGGGCUGAAAACGACCCAAAGGCUAUUUACCGCGCACUGCAGCGCAUUCUGCUCAACUACAAGGAGGAACGGCGUGGCCCCACCCUCAUCGCUGUGCAGUCAAACUGGGAGCUGCGUCGAUUGUCAGCAGGGAUGCCGGUGCUUGAGGAGUUUCCUGUCGUUCCGGUGCAUGUGCUCGACGAGAUCAGUUAUAACGUGCUGGAUUGGCAACGGCACGGUGCCCGGCGCAUGAUCCGUCACUACCUCAACCUGGACAGCUGCCUGUCGCAAGCUUUCGACAUGGCCAGGUAUUACCACUUGCCUGUGGGGAACUUGCCACAGGAUGUGUCCAUCUUCGGUUCAGACUUGUUCCUGGCGAGACAUCUUCGGAAACACAACCACCUGCUGUGGCUGUCACCCACAGCCAGACCUGACCUCGGGGGAAAGGAGGCUGACGACAGCCGUCUGGUCAUGGAAAGCGACGACAGAGGUUCUGUGGAGAUCAACUCUCAAGGAUGCUAUUCCACCGUUUGUGUGGAGAUGGACCUGCAGAGUCUGGCAGUGAACACCCUCCUCCAGUCCCAGCAUGUCAACGACAUGGAGGGUGGAGCCAGUCUGGGCGUCAGUUUCGAUGUGAUCCAGCAGGCCUCGUUGGAGGACAUGAUGUCAGGAAAUCAGGGGGCAAGCGCUCACGCUAGCUAUGAUGAGACUGCUCUCUGCUCCAACACCUUCAGGAUCUUGAAGAGCAUGGUGGUGGGAUGGGUCAGGGAGAUCACUCAGUACCACAACGUGUACGCCGACAACCAGGUGAUGCACUUCUACCGCUGGCUGCACUCCCCGAGUUCUCUGCUCUAUGACCCUGCUCUGCAUCGCACCCUGCACAACAUGAUGAAGAAGGUGUUUCUACAGUUGGUUGCAGAGUUUAAACGUCUUGGCUCUACUGUGGUGUACGGAAACUUCAACAGGAUCAUCCUGUGUACUAAAAAACGGAGGACAGAUGAUGCAAUCGGCUACGUGGGGUAUAUCACUAACAGCAUCCACUCCAGAGAAAUCUUCCACUCUUUGUCCUUGUCCUUCUCCCGCUGCUGGGAGUUCCUGAUGUGGAUGGACCCGGCCAACUACGGCGGCGUGAAGGGGAAACUGCCCUCCAACCUCUUGCAGGGAGAGAAGAAAAAUAAACAAGGGGAGGGUGAAGAGGACGGCAGCGAGGAUGAAGAUGAGCCGGAAGCAGAGGUUGAGGAAGAUGAAGAGACGGAUGAGGUAGAGGAGCUGAUCGAGAGCAACUGGAACAUCAUGCAGUACCUGCCUCAAACCGCCUCCUGUCAGAAAUACUUCCUCAUGAUCGUCUCAGCCUACAUUGCAGCUGUGUACCAGAGUAUGAAAGGGGAGCUGAGACGUAAUGCUCCAGGAGCAACGCCAGUUAAGAGACGUGGAGGCAGCCAGGCUUCUCAACAGGCAGUGGGAGACCUGAGUGCUCUUCCUGGAAUGAUCUCCUUCUCUCAGGAAUACGUGUCCAGUGAGCUGACACAGAACUUCUUCACCAUCACUCAAAAAAUCCAGAAGAAAGUGACGGGCGCCAGGAGUGUGACGCAGCCCUCCGAGCUGUUCCCUGUCCUGCCUGGAUCCCACCUGCCACUCAAAAACCCAGCACUGGAGUUCAUUAAAUAUGUCUGCCAGGUCCUCUCACUGGACGCCAACAUAGCGAACCAGGUGAACAAGCUGAAGAGAGACCUCCUGCGUCUUGUGGACGUCGGCGAGUUUUCAGACGACGCUCAGUUCCGUGAUCCCUGCAACUCCUACAUCCUACCAGAGGUCAUCUGCCACCAGUGCAAUUUCUGUCGUGACCUCGACCUCUGCAAGGACCCAUCUGUGGCACAGGACGGGUCGGUCUUGCCUCAGUGGUUCUGCUCCAACUGCCAGGCCCAGUACGAGACCGAGUCUGUAGAGAUGGCUCUGGUGGAAGCUCUGCAGAAGAAGCUGAUGAGCUACACCCUGCAGGACCUGGUGUGUAACAAAUGUAAAGGCGUGAAGGACGCAAACAUGCCCCUCUACUGCCGAUGUGCCGGAGACUUUGACCUCACUUUCUCAAUCAAGAGCUUCUCCGAGCAGAUCACGGUGUUUCAGAACAUAGCGUCCCACUACAACAUGAGCUUCCUGGAGGAGACCAUUGACUGGCUGCUCCUGAUGAAUCCACAGGUCCGACAGAGCUCUCGCUGAACGGGAACCCGGCUCUCUCAGCUUUUCGGUGUGGAAAACACUCUGAACCGGAGUCUUUGCCAGAUGAUGAACUUGACGUCUGUUUCAAUUCUGUUUGAUUGUGUGUCGUGCAGGUUGGAAAAAUAAAUAUAUGGACUGUAAAUAUGUUUGAACU